UUUAGGGUUAAAACCUCAUGCCCAAGGUAUUCAAUUGACCUUUGCUCAAUAACUAGGUUUAACAAAGAAGAGUUUUCAAACUCGAGGCCACUGUAUUUGAAUUACCAAAUAUCAUUUAUGUUAUUAAAAAAGGAGACAUAAUAACCAUAUACUAUGAAAAGCAGUAGAAGUAUCAUUGCUUCCCUAACAUGCCUCUCAUUUAAAGCGACUGAGUGCAUUUUUGUUUCUCGAAUAAAAGAAAUAAAAAACCCUCUAUCGCUAGGAUAUUUACAUCAUUAUCAUUAUUAAAAUUAUUAUUAUUUUAAUCGUCAUUGUUGUUGUUCUUCUUCUUGUCGUUCUUGUUCCUUUUAUUCUCUCCCUGACUUCACGCUCCUCUUAGUUUUGUAAGGGAGAAAAUAUACGUGAGUUCAAAAAUUUACGUUAUAAAUUCUUAUAUUCCAUUUUUUAAAGCUUUUAAUAUUAAUUCUUGUCUUUAAUUUAACUCCCCUUGAUAUAUUACGCAACGUAUACAAAAAAAGUCCCUUGGAUCAAGGCCAACAAAUCCAAAAUAGUCAACCACCUACCCACAAAAAGUAUUAUUUCCUAUCUAUUGUUGAAGAUAAAAGGUGUAAAUAAAAGCAAGAUAUGGUAUUCGGGUGGGGCAAGUGAUGAGUCAUUAGUGGUAAAUUCCAUCGCGUAAUGGGGGAUUCCCCCUGAAGUCACUGUCCGUGUCUAAAGCGGCUAGAGGGAUCGUAGCAAAUCAUUUCACGAAAAGACCUUGCCCGAGAAGGAACUUUUUAAAAACGGCUCUACUGUCGGCUCUACCUUAUCGGGGAUUUCAAUUUGUGGUGUUGUUCAAAUGCAGAUUGUGUAUACUUUAUACUACAGGUUCUAUUUUUCAAGAGUGAGCUAAUCGUAAACUUAUCAUUUGGAACACGGAUAAUUAAGCAUGCGGGAAAUAACGACGCCCAUCGGGCUUAUUGUUAUGCUAUGGUGUUCGCAAUCUAGAGCAGGAUCAAAUGAUCAAUGCCUGGGCAAGUGUGACCCGUACGAAAACUACGAUUGCAACCCAUUCUUUGGGAUUUGUGAGCCCUGUGUAUCGGAAGAUGACUCGCCAAAGUGUAAAGAAUAUUUCGACAGCAUGAGAAAGGAACCAACAAAAAGUACACCGCAAGAACCUACCGAAACCACUACGCAACAAAUCAACGAUACAGUCCUCCCAGAGCUCAUGGCCGUAACGGAAUCGAAUCCUGACGAGACAGCGGAGAUCCGUGACGGGGGACGAAACCAUCUGGGUCAAAAUGAACGGGGACGAAACCAUCUUGACCAAAAAGACCAGCAAAUUGAUCUCAAAAAAGAUGGAGGCGGCAAGGAGGAAAAACAUACUAAUGUCAUCAUCAUAGUAGCCACUGCUUGCAUGGUAACACUCUGCGUAGUAGGCACUGUCUUCCGAUUGCAUCGUCGGUACCGUUCACCUCCUGGACGAGGCACGACAACUGUGAUGGAGUCUGGCGAGAACGAACUACUGGAUGUAGUCGUCCAUCCAAUAAAUGGAGCAGAACCCGAGGAAGAGACGACCCUGUAAAGAUAUCUGUCUUCCUCUCUGUUCCUUACUCUGACAGUAUAGGUCUAAAUUCUACAUGCUACAUUUCCCCAAAGAUAUGCAAGACAGUAUUUAAGUGUAUAUAGAAACAGUAUAAACAGUAAAUCGUUCAACUGCUAUUUUUUUUUUUUACAAAUAAUGCAGGAGCAUUUAGUUCAGUUAUAACUGAUAACACAUUGCUGGUAAUUUUACUUUGAAUUCAAGAUUGUAUAUCUAUAUGAUGUUUAUUAUGUUGGGGAAUUAUCCAGUGAUGGUUCUAAAGUAUGUGGGAGCACAGGGUGCACCCCCUUUGCCAAAUUCGGAUUGUAUUUGAUACUUGCUGUGCUCAGCCCCCCUUCUCACAUUUCAAUUCAAAAUGUCCCUCGCUUAGAUGAGAACUUCAAAUUUGCUAGUCUGACAUUUUUAAAGCAAAUUACUUGCCCCCUCCCCCUCCCCAGAGUCAGGGAAUCUUGGAUCCGCCACUGAUAACACAAUUGGUUAAUUUUCUAACUAGCUCUGCUAACCAAAAUACUGUUGAAGCUACUGCAAGACUUACUGUUGUUAUAUUCAGUAUUCACUAAACGCUCCACUUGCUCCUUUUAUUUGCUCAAACAGUAGGCCUACGCUAUUCUCACCAGCUACGAUAGGCUCUCACCAUGGCCAUUCCAGGCACAACGGUUCCUUAUAAUAUAGAAAAUAAAUAAUUGUACAAAGUAAUACUUACACCGGACUGCCUGCAAGAGUCGCUUCGACAUAGCAACCAGAACAUUUCAAUAUCGGAUAAACCCACACUGCUAUGAUUUUAAUAGGUCGAACAUAGAACUAAACGACAACCGUUCAUUAUUUCGCGGUAUCCUAGUAACCACGUGACCAAUGGAUGAGUCAUAAUGGGAGAUUAAUAUCUUUGAAUCAAAAAUUCAUGGAUCGAUGAUCACUCGAAAUAUGACAGUCACGUGAUACUUCUUUUGUCCAUAUUGUACGAUCUGAUCAUGAUAUUUUUCGUGCGUCUGGCACUAAUUUAGAGUGUAGUCUUAUUAGUGCCUAUACACAGACUGCUAUAAAUAACUUUCGAAUUUGGUAAAGUGUAGACGUAAAUAGGUUUAAAACUUGUUUUUAGGAUACAGGGAGUACAGGGAAUAUUUUUAUUCGAUUUGAUUUAAUGUUUAUUUAUUUCGAAUGUUCCAUACAUAUCAUCAUCGCUGGUUUAUAAAGACUCAUGAAUUUUGAUGUAUGUUUUUUUACUUGAAUAUAUUAUUUAUAUAUCUGUAUAUAUAUU